AUGGGCCGCUUCGAAACUCUGAACGCAGAUACCCAGGAUCUAGUCAACUGCCUCCUUCCUGCGCUCGCUUCUGCCUUUCACGUCGACUCCGUCCUCGAAAUUAUCCCUGAGGACAUCCGCAUGCGUGCAUGGGACUGCGAGCGCCGUGACCACAUUAAGGACCAGACUGAGAGCGAUCCUCGCAACUGGGGCGUCCAAUUCCUCAAGGAUCUCAAGUCUAUUGCACGCCUGAACGGCGGCAAUCUCAAGGAGUUCCAGGACCGUCUCAGGGCCAAAGUCGACACGCACGAGGCGAAGCACCCAUGGUGCCGUCUCAACGAUAUCAAAGACAUCAAGAGAGAUUACGAGCGCCCUGAUGAGCCUGAACCGCAGUCUGAGGCCGAGUCGUCCACGUCAUCCAUCGACUCGUAUCUCGAAGAAUUGCACGAACCUGAGUUUCCCAAGGGUACUAAGGGUGGUCGCAAGCGCAACCACGAGAUUUACGAGACCCGCCUACAGCUUCCUCGCAAGCAAGGUCGUCUCCGCCGCGCCGAGGAUGGCACGCUGUACCGCAAGGAGAAGCACGCAGAAAAGCGGAGCAGGAUCUCCGAGUCCGCCGAGCGCAGCACUCCGGGACGCCGCGCCAGCAGGGCUAUCCAGUCGGACGAAGACGAGAUUGAAGAAUUUCGUACCGGUCCCUUGCGUGCUCGCCCCCGUUUUUCUGUCUCCACAACUCCAGGCGCGUUGGCUCGCUCUGACAUUGCAGAGGCUGUGAGCGCGUCCAACGAGCCUCUCGAAGUGCAGAAGCUACAGGCUGAGCUCGAAGUCGCCGAAGCAGAGCUCCGAGCUGCUCGCCUGAAGUACCAGUACAUCCAGGCAAAGGAGGCCACCGAGCGGAGCAUGGCGCAACGAGUGGACUAG